CAGCACAGCCACAGUUCCGAGGCGAUCCACAGUCUGCAGAAUUUCUUAAAUUUCCAUGUCCACAAUGUGGUAAGAACUAUGCAUGGAAGACAAAUAUGCAGCGUCAUUUACGACUUGAAUGUGGUAAAGAACCACAGUUUCAGUGUCCUGUUUGCCCAUACCAAAAUAGACCUACUGAUUUCCAAUUUUCGAGAUCAGGAGUGGCAUUCCAGAACAAAAGAACUACGGCAGGGUUUUAUUGUUACAACUGUGGUAGACACUACCGGUGGAAACAUUCGCUGACAGCACAUUUAAAAAAUGAGUGUGGCAAAGAACCAUCACUGCAGUGCCCAUUCUGUGUGUACAGAGCCAAACAAAUGUCCAAUUUUCGAAGACACAUCAGAGUGGUUCAUCGGCAGGCUGUGACAAUAUAGGACUACUGAUUUCCAGUUUCCAAGAUCAGGACUGGGGAUCCAGAACAAACAAACAGCUGCUGGGUUUUAUUGUUACAACUGCGGUAGAUGCUAUCGGUGGAAAAAUUCACUUACAGCACAUUUAAAAAAUGAGUGUGGAAAAGAACCAUCUCUGCGGUGCCCAUACUGCAUGUAUAAAUCAAAACAAAUGUCUUCCAUCCGAAGGCAUAUCAGAGAUGUACAUCAGCAGGCUGUCUGAACAUACAUUUCAAGCUUUGAAAUGAAUCUUUAACAGCAGUAUUUGUAGUGCUUUCUCUGGAACAUUAGACUGUUAUUUAUGCAAACUAUGUGGAACAAUAUGAGUGAUGUUUGAUAUGUUUCCUCUAAAUGAGUGUCUCUAAAUUUAUGUUCCUAUUUCUGAAGUGAGAGUCUGUGUUUUCCAAUUUCUUCAUGUGUGUUGUGGGUUAUAGAUGUCUGAGAAUAUGGAUGCCUGUUUGUACAUAAGUAAUUAUCUGUUCAUUACUUUUGUAUAUUUUUCU